AUGGGCUGGGUUGGCGAUUGGGGGGUUGGGGAUGUGUGGAGACCUCCCGGAAGAUCUGAGCACCUGGAAGCCCAAGAGUGGCUGGUGAGGAACCAUGACUUGGUUUCAGAAUCCGCUGGUUUGGAGUACAACGGAAUCUUACGGCACCAGCUGGAGGCUACAAAUGCCCUUGGGGGUCCCAGUUGCUGCUGGAGUCCUUGCCCUCCUCGCGCUCCUGGCUUUGGCUUAUCAUUGUCUCAAGGAGGCCUGGAAGUCCAGAUGGAGGCUUUGCAGUGGGGGCUGGAAGUGCCCUCCAACUGGAAAGAGCCUGCAGCUUGUCUUCAACCACAGCCUGAAUCAGGGACAGCGGAGAACCCUCUCUUCAGAGGCCCCCGGCCCUCAGCUGCUUUCUCCACUGUUCCUCUGAAGGCCCUAACGGCUGCAGGCAGGACUGCUCCUAGCUUUGGGUAUGAAGAGGAGCCUCCCCCAGGCUUCACAGGAAGCUGUAGUAUCUACCAAGCAUCCUGCAAGUACCUAAAAACCAUUAGUGAGGAUGAAGUAUUGUAUCUACAACAGGAGUCAGUGUGGGGUGACGAGUGGUCCUUGCCCACGCGUGCCAGGCAUGAGGGGGAGACACUGGCAGAAGUGUCUCUCUUCCCUGGCUUAUGGCAUGGAAGCUUUCUUUCUCCAAAUCUACCCUGAAGAAGCCGAGGUUCUGGUCAGUCCAUCCUUAGCAGUAGCCUGUUACCAUGGGGGUGAUGCCAUGAUCCAAAGGAGAGCUGUGGGCUAGAAGCAAAGACCCUUGGCCCUCAGGAGUGGCCAAUGAUCAGCGCAGCAGGCAGAGGGAAGCUACACCUGAUCCCCACUCCUACGAGCUCUGUCACUGUCCAGGCUGCCUCCUUCCUGGGACCACAGCAAGGAGCAGAGAAGUCAGGCCCUACUGAAGCGUGUCUGGAGUCGCUGGCUGGUGAGCACUAAGCCUGUGGGGCUUUCUGGGUCAGGACGCUGCUGCAGGCCUGACCCCCUGGGCCCACCUUCCGAGACCCAGAAGUGCUAUAACCUGCACUCCCGAGAGCCCCAGCACCACUUAAUCAUUUUUCCUGGACUUCCCUGGGUCAGCCGGGGGCUGGGAGUCAUGAAUCAGUGAGGGCAGGUGAGUUUCUGGCAGGUGCAGUUGGAAGGUGCCCCUGGAGCUGCACAGGCUUGGGGGGUAAUCCUUGGGAGUGAGUGUAACUGCACAGAGCAGUGCUCUCUGAUUAGGUCCCGCUAUGUGGUGAUGGUGGAGGAGCUGGUGCAGAUUAUAGUCUCUGAGCUAAGAGAUGGGGCCAGGAACGGUGGUCCAUGCCUGUGGUCUAAGCUAACAUGGCAGGCUGAGGCAGCAGGAUGAUCUGAAUCCAAGACGUCGAGGCCAGCCUAGGUGACAAAGCAAGGCCCUGCCUUUACCUCUCAGUAGGGUCUGCUAUGUAGCUCAAGCUGGCCUGGAACUUGUUAGGCAGCCCAAGCUGGCCUCAAAUUUGAUUUGAAGUCCUCCUACCUUGACUCCCCGAGUACUGGGACUAUAGGCCCAUAGUCUGACGCCUUGAUUCUCAAACCAAAAACACAAAAGGAAAAUGGUAGUGGUGAAGAACCCGGAUGGCCUGAUUUGGUCAGUGAACUGUCUAGACUCGAUUCUGCCCAUAGCUGCCCAGGACAGGAUGAGCCUGCAGCCUCAGUGGCUGCCACGCUGACUGACACACACAGGCAGCUGUGUGUGACUCAGGGCAAAGGUCACUGUCCAGCCUCCCUGCAGUUCUGCUUCACCAAAACCAUGAAAUAAUAAACGGGAGUUUUUGGCAGC